UUCUAAAUAUACAUAUUUUCGUACCUUCAACAGGAUAUCGGCUUCCAGCCUGAGGUACAACAAAAUCAAAGCAACGCAUUGGAAAUGCGCUCAUCUCAAAAUAUAGACGAAUGUCAUGGCCGUUUACAAUCGAACGCCAAUACAAAUGGUUUGGAUUUAUGUACGCAUUCCCAACAAUUCCUGCCACAGUCGAGUGAUGGCUCUUUGUCGCCACAAAGAAAUCAAUCAUUCAUUGCUGCCGUCAUUAGUGCCAUACGUAAUGCAACAACACCCUCUAGUAAAAAAUUGUUGACGCGGAAUGGAAAACGUAUUAGUAGUAUUGAUAACGCAGUUGGUGGUGGUGGUGGUGGUGGUGGUGGUGGUGGUGGUGGAGAUCCGCAUCCACAGGGUACAAACAAAAGUAACAACAAUGCCAAUUACAACAACUAUAAUGGCGAUACACAAAAUGGAGCCGGUGAUGACUCAGAUUCCACUGAAAUGCUCGAUUCGGAAACAGAACCCUGUCUAAUGAUGGAUAAUGUGCUCGAAGAUGUGACAAUGCCCGACUCUCAUUCACAUAAUAUGGUCUCAUCAUGUAAUGGCAUUAUUUCCCAAUUGGAAAUACCAACGGAGCUUGUUAAUCCUGCUUCUGGCGAUGAGUCCUUACAUAACUUAUCGCAGGCUAUAGUUAAUCGACAACAGAUGGAAUUACAGAUCAGCGCUAUGCAAAGUGUACAAAAGGCCGCAUUGCAGUUGAAUCAAUGUGAGCUUGAAAAUUCUGAUGAAGCGAGCUGUCACGAUUCAGUGGCUGAAAUGCCUUCUCUAAUGGAGUACUGCACAGCACAAGCCGUGGUUGAUCAGGUGAUAGAAGUCGAUAGUUUGGUGACUAAGUUGCUGAAAGUCCUGCGGCUCAUUCAGAUGGAUAACGACAGUUGCAUACAGCAACUUAUUGUUGAUAAGAAUAAGUUACAAGAAAAUAAAGAGGAUAUGUUGGAGAAACUAAAAGAUCUGCAGGAUGUCAACAUCAAGCUGCAGGACGAGCUUAUGGAUGCCACACAGGAAUUACUGUUGAAAAAUAACGAUUUGUCGAACACUAAAGCAGAAAUGCAGCGACAUCGCAACGAAAUCGAUCGUCUAACGCAGGACAUUUGUAAUUUGAGUACACUAUGCAGCAAUUAUAAGAAACUCUCACCGACAGUUGAGUUUUCACCUUUGCAACAGCAACUACUCUGCCCCACCAACGCACCAAGCCCAACACCAAUGAAUAACGGCACCACAGCUGAAGAAGGAAAUGUAGCCGAAAACGAUGCGGAUGACAUUUUGAGUUUGCUAAAAAUGUGGCAAACUGAAGGACAAUUCAAGCAACUCAAAAUACGAAAUUUUCUAAGUGCAGUUAUUAAAAAUGCCGAGUGCAUGACGACGGAGCAAAGGCAGGAGGACAACAGCAACAAUGAGCGUUUGCGUGUGUACGCCAACCAAUUGGAGAAUGUAUUAUCCGUGCUACAGGCAUGCGAGGAAACUACGCUUAACUAUGGGGAUUUGCAAAAGUUACGCUGCGACAUUGAGAUAGUCAAAGCGAAUGCUAACUGGACUAAUAUAAUUGUUGAUCGAACGGAAGUGAAUAGUAAUAGUGUUCAGCUAUUAGCAACUGACAACAGCAGUGGUGAGGCGGCGGAUGUGAAUGCCAAUGCAGCAGUGGCAGAGAUGGGAGUCAAUUAAUUUAGUAUAUCGUAAUUAGUGUCCAUGAAUGUUUAACUAAAACACGGUUAAUCAAGUUGUCAACCAGUUGCGUCAACAGACAUAAAAGAACUCGCGCACGCCAUCCAAAGUAAAUUGUCCAUUUACAUUUAUUAACUACAGAUACACAUUUACUUAGUAGCAUUACAUCAAUAAUUGCAAAUUACAAUAGAAAUUAAGUUGAAGAGUCCAAAAGAUUUAGCUAUGUAAGCCAAUAGUUUUGUAGCUUAAAUUGAUAUUGCUGCCGGCGAUAAUUGUUUUGUUUGGCUUUAUUGCGAAGAUCCGAAUGCGUUGUAUACAAGCGAAUAUGUAUACAGGCACAUACAUAUGUAUAUCUGUGGGCAUUUGAAAACACAACUCGCGUGAUUUUAGCUGUAUUGAUUCUGUAGUGAGAAAUAGUUAUGUAGCUUGUUAGUUAUAGUUGCGA